CAUGCGCAUAGCGCUCUCCCUAACUUUUACGUCUUCCGGACAAUGGCGGAGCUUGGCGAGGCAAACGAAGCGGAGCUGCAGCGCUUGGUGGCGGCCGAACAACAGAAGGCGCAGUUCACUGCACAGGUGCAUCACUUCAUGGAGCUAUGUUGGGAUAAAUGUGUGGAGAAGCCAGGCAAUCGCCUAGACUCUCGCACUGAAAAUUGCCUCUCUAGCUGUGUGGACCGCUUCAUUGACACUACUCUUGCCAUCACCAGUCGGUUUGCCCAGAUUGUACAGAAAGGAGGACAGUAGACCAAUGCCUGGGACAGUAACAGAAGCAACAAAGGACUACUAUAAAGCAGAUUCAAGGUCCACUGGGGGAAGAAUCGUCAAUCCAUUGUCAGGUUAGCAUCAGCCUGUAGGUGCUAAAAAGCAACAGAACAAAUGUACAAAACAUUUAUUUAUUUGGAAUUCAUAAAUUCCAGGCUGUAACACACCAGUUAUUCAAUAAAUGUGAAUUUUCCAACUCUUACUUUUAAAUCCCAUUUUAGGAUUCAAUUAGA